AGUACGGGGCGACAAGCAGACAACAGAGUCACUGGAGAUGGAUAUAUGCGAACCAGAAGACACAGAGAUGACCUCCUGGUCGAGUUUCGGAGGGAUAUUGUCCUUUUUGACCCUGAGGGCGCUUUGUAUGCUUCUCUGGCCCUGUUUCAGUGGCGCCUUCGGCUGGGACGACGAAGGCUGAGACGAAGACGGGGAUCUACUCGAUGAGGGGAUUAUGUGGAAAAAGUCGGUGACCUUGCCAUUGCCACUGCAUCCACCGCCAGCGAAUUCACGCUUAAGGGCAACUGCAGAGAAUGUUCAGAUUACUGUCAAGGAUCCUCUGGACCACUAUGCACCGGCCAUCCUUCAUGUCCCGGAGGAUAUGGCGCAGGGCGCUCGGAGCGACGCAGCUGUCGUGCUCAUCAGUGGUGCCGGGGGCGGAGUAAGCGGCCCUGGUGGGAUUUAUCCGUCGCUAGCGGACAAGCUGGCGUCCCUUCUUCGCAUUCCGACGCUACGCCUAGAUUACAGGCAGCCUGCAAGGAACAAAUAUUGUGUACCGGACGUCCUCGCUUCGUUUGAUUACUUGUUGCAGCGAUUCUCCUCGAACUCGUUCGUUCUGGUCGGGUGGUCCUUUGGCGGCGCACCUUGCUUUACGGUCGCAGCCCGAGACCAGCGCAUGAAGGCCGUCGCGACUGCAUUGCCUCCUCGACCUAUGCUGCUUCUGCAUGGGACUGGCGAUGAUUCUCUGAGCGAUUACUGCGCCAAACGACUGUACCAGAUGUACGGUUCUGCGAGAGGCGAGAGAAUCCUCAAGCUAUUCGACGGUGAUAAUCAUGGCUUGACUAGAAAUUCUUUGAAAGCCGAGCAGUUAAUCUUUGACUUUGUCUCCAAGAACCUGGGGAGGAGGGUAGAGGAUGGGGAGGAGGCCUUGAAAGCAGAGAAUAUGGUCGGGGAUAAGGAAGACAGAGUUAAGUUGAUGAAGGCAGGCAACGACCUUGAGAAAGAGUCCUUGUAG